GCGGGACACAAAGCAGCACAUAACGGGGCCUGUGCAGAUCGGGCGGAGUUUAGCCAAACGCGCUUUGCUGUGCCUCCAUCAGCAAGGCUGGGUGUGGUUUUCAAAACUCAGUUCCGUUAGCAGGAAAUCGACUCUAGGACCUCUAGCACCUCUCUUUGAGCGACAAAGACGCCGAGAAAAGUGAAACUUUGUUGGAGAGAUCCGAGGAGCAGGUUUUCCAAAAGAGCGGCGACGGACGUUCACUCUUUGGCGUGGACAUUAGCCGCUGGGAAAAAGUUUGGCUGUCUGUUGACUUCAUUGUAUCAGCUCAGUUUGUGACAUCCGCGCGAGAGAGACACAAAAUACAGUCAAAAUGCCGAAAACGAUCAGCGUUCGCGUGACUACGAUGGAUGCAGAGUUGGAGUUUGCCAUCCAGCCGAGCACCACUGGGAAACAGCUGUUUGACCAGGUGGUGAAAACCAUCGGUUUGAGGGAGGUUUGGUUCUUCGGACUGCAGUACCAGGACACCAAAGGCUUUUCCACCUGGCUUAAACUCAACAAGAAGGUUACGGCUCAGGAUGUCCGCAAGGAGAGUCCUCUGCUGUUUAAAUUCCGGGCAAAGUUUUAUCCUGAAGAUGUUUCCGAGGAGCUGAUUCAAGAGGCCACUCAAAGACUUUUCUUCCUUCAGGUGAAGGAGGGGAUUCUGAAUGACGAUAUCUACUGCCCCCCGGAGACCGCAGUGCUGUUGGGAUCUUACGCAGUGCAGGCCAAAUACACAGACUACAACAAAGAUGUUCACAUGCCCGGAUACCUGUCUGGCGAGAAACUGCUCCCACAGAGGGUUCUGGAGCAACACAAGCUGAGCAAAGAGCAGUGGGAGGAAAGAAUUCAGGUCUGGCACGAGGAGCACAAGGGCAUGUUGAGAGAGGACGCGAUGAUGGAGUAUCUGAAGAUAGCUCAGGAUCUGGAGAUGUACGGGGUGAAUUAUUUCAGUAUUAAGAAUAAGAAAGGAUCUGAGCUCUGGCUGGGAGUCGACGCCCUGGGACUCAACAUUUACGAGCAGAACGACAAGAUGACACCUAAAAUUGGUUUCCCCUGGAGUGAGAUCAGAAACAUUUCUUUCAACGAUAAGAAGUUUGUCAUCAAACCCAUUGAUAAGAAAGCCCCGGACUUUGUGUUCUAUGCCCAGCGUUUGCGCAUUAAUAAGAGGAUUCUAGCCCUGUGCAUGGGGAACCAUGAGCUGUACAUGAGACGCCGUAAACCAGACACCAUCGAGGUCCAGCAGAUGAAGGCACAGGCCAAAGAAGAAAAGAACCACAAGAAGAUGGAAAGGGCAAUGCUGGAGGACGAACGGAAGAAGAGAGAGCAAGCAGAAAAGGAGAAGGAGAAGAUCGAGAAAGAGAAGGAGGAGCUGAUGGAGAAACUCAAAGUGAUAGAGGAACAAACCAGAAAAGCUCAGCAAGAGUUGGAGGAGCAGACCCGCCGGGCGCUUGAGCUGGACCAGGAGCGUAAAAGCGCUCAAGAGGAGGCGGAGCGUCUGGAGCGAGAGCGCCGCCUGGCGGAGGAGGCCAAAGCGACUCUGCUGCAGCAGUCCGAGAACCAGAUGAAGAACCAGGAGCAUCUGGCGACUGAACUGGCAGAGUUAACCUCGAAGAUCUCAUUGCUUGAAGACGCCAAAAAGAAGAAAGAGGAAGAAGCAACAGAAUGGCAACAGAAGGCCAUCGUAGUGCAGGAGGACCUGGAGAAGACAAAAGAGGAGCUGAGAAAUAAAGUGACGGCGAUCCACGUGACCGAGCCCGUGCACAGCGAAAACGAUAACGACGAGGGUGACGAGAGCAGCGCAGAGGCCAGCGCCGAACUCACCUCUGCAGCCGCUUACAAAGACAGGAGCGAGGAGGAGCGCAUGACGGAGGCAGAGAAGAAUGAACGAGUUCAGAAACACCUCCUGGCUCUGACUUCUGAGCUGGCCAACGCUCGGGACGAGACCAAGAAGACCCAGAACGACAUGAUCCACGCAGAGAACGUACGAGCAGGACGCGACAAGUACAAGACGCUUCGCCAGAUCCGCUCUGGAAACACCAAACAGCGAAUCGACGAGUUUGAGUGCAUGUAAUUUACCACCGUAGGCCAGCAGGGGGCACUACAGCCUGCCUUGCGUGUCAUAUCUGCAGAGAAACUACAGUACCCACAACGCACCACUCCAACAGCCAGACAGGCCGAACAAUAAAGCCAAAUAUAGAAUAAUGCUGCACAAUUCACAAUCCCUUUAAUUCAGAGGCAUUGUUUGGGUUACUGCAUCAUGAUAGAGGAGAUUUAUUCCUUGCUUUGUGUUUUGACAUAGAUGUAGCUCUUUUAUUAGAAAACAUAUUAACGGUUUGCUGUUUGGCUGAACUAAAGGGUUUUCAUUCAUUCAAAUUGAGGACGAGCAGAACUGGAUUCCCUGAGCAUUGAAGUAGAUAAACAUUCCAUUUUAAGGAUAGAUUGAGAAAGCACACUCCGGAGAGGAAGGACCAACCGUAUGCCAGCAUACCAGGACCGUAAUUCAAAGUAGUUGACAUUUUAUUAAACUACACAGUGCCAUUGUGAUGGUGUAAUAGCCUAGCUAUGAUGAGUUGCUGUAACAUUGCAUCUCUGUGCCUUUUCUAAUUAGAAAACUACAGUAUUGAUUAAAACACAUGCUUAAGACCUGCUGCCUGCUGCCAAUGAACCACUCAGCCAAAACAGGUGGCCCGCGAGAGCAAAAGUGUGUGUGUGUGUGUGUGCGUGUGUGUGUGUGUGUGUGUGUGUGUGUGUGUGUGUGUGUGUGUGUGUGUGUGUGUGUGUGUGCUCGCAUGCGUGUGCGUGUGUGUGUGGGAGAGAGAGUGUAUGUGAAGUUUGUGAUUCCUAUUAAAAUUUAGUUUAGUUAUAGUUUCUCACUGCUGCAGGUAUGUGGCCGCUCCCUGUUUAAGCCUUUUCACUGAAGAGAAGAGAAAAUAUCAAACUGUAUUUUUAGUUUAGUUUUAAUCGUAUUCUUAUUUUAAGCUUUUUUUCUUAGAGACUGUUUUUUUGAGGCAUUUGAUUCCUUUUUGCAGUAUUAUUUCGAAGGAUCCUUUAUUAGACACUUCUAAGCAUCUUCUGGGAUAACAUUUCUCCCUUUAUGUCUGAACAGUAUUUACCCAGAGUGAACAGUUUUCGAGUAGCCCCGCACCUGUAGGCAGUGCCUUAGUUGAUUUUUGUAAUCUAUAAUCAUUUUUAUUCAUGCGACGAUAUGCCGCACUGAAGCAAUAUGACGUCCCUGGCUGCUUUUGAAGAAUUUAUUCUUUGUUUGGAUCUUACACUUGAAUAAUCUGAGCUGUUUUGAUAUAUAAGAACAGAGGUCUCUUUUAUGCUUGUUCUUAUCAUAUAUAGCUUGUUAGCUGGGUGACGUGACAUCAUUCAGAAUUGGACGUUUCCCGCCAUUUGGCCGCAGCUGGCUCCUCGUCAGCCGAUCACAGAAAAUAUUGCUGCUUAUCAUGUUUUCAUCGCAACUGUCAAUAAAAAAUUAAAAUCGUCA